AUGCAGUACUUAUAUCUGAUUGCGGUAAUGUGUGUCGUUAGAUUCUCGUGCUGCUCUUUGAUUCAGAAGAGAGCGGAUUCGUCUCUGGGUGGUUCAGCCUCUCAGACAGGCUCUGUAUCCACUGUAUACUCGUUUCUGGGAGCAUCCGGAAGCGAUACAAGCCUGUUGCAGAUGCCAACAUCGGCAAUUUCGCUGACUUCUGCCACUAUGUCUGGCACAGUUGAUGAAUCCUCAGCAUUAUCACAGUUUUUGAACGGCGCGGGCACCGCUACUAUGACGUCUGCGGCAGUCACGGGGGGCUCACGUGCCCCGCCCAGUAACUCCUCGGAUGAGGCCUCCUCUGCUUCAGUCUCGUCGUCCUCGAUGGCCUCGGUGACCCUUUCAGCCGGUGCAAAUAGCUUAGGGCUGCCCCUUGUAGCCGGAGGUGUCCUUGCUGGACUAUUGGCAUUAAUAUAG